UUUCUUGGUAGCUCCCGUUUUGGUUGCUAUUGCGCUAAAGUUUGUAAACAGUAGAUUUAUAUAUGUGUUCUUUCGAAAUUUUCGAGAGGUCUUCUAUGGUAGAGUGUGAUGAAAUCGAACCUAAGUUAUUCCUAGGUAACCUUGAUGCAGCCGAAAGUGAGGAAACGUUAAAACGUUUCGGCAUAACUCAUGUGCUAACUAUAUAUAUGUUUCCCAUCACAAAACCCGAGACGAUAGAAAUCGAAACUCUGUUUAUUGAUUUAGAAGAUUGCGCUGACUGCGAUAUUUUAUCUUGCUUUGAAACAUCAAAUGCAUUCAUCAAAGAUGGUCAAGAAAAGGGAGCUUGUCUGGUACAUUGCUAUGGUGGUGUAUCUCGUAGUGCCACCCUUGUUGUUGCUUAUUUGAUGAAAAAAUAUUCGAUUGGUGUUGAGGAAGCUCUUCAGAAAGUUAAAGAAAAGCGUUAUUGUGCUUGUCCAAAUGCUGGAUUUUUAUCGCAGUUGAGAUUAUAUGAGGCCAUGAACUGUAAAUUAGAUGAAGAACACAUGGACUAUAAGAUAUUUUCACUGUACCAUUUGGGACGAAGAAUUUCUUCAAGUGACAAUUUUGAUGCAGUUCAAAAUUAUUUAGCAAGAUUUAAAGACAAAAUAAACAAUGGGGAUAAAUAUAAGUGCAGACAAUGCAGAAAAUACCUGUUCUCACAUAACAAUAUCAUUUCACACAUCAAAGGGCAAGACCUGUAUUGGAAUAAUUACGCCCAGCAACUUAUUUCUGAACAAUCACCAAACAUUUGUAAAUGUUCAUUAUUCAUUGAAUUUUUACCUUGGAUGACUGAAGCAUGUUCAUCUCAUUCAGGAAAGAUUCUCUGCCCUGAAUGCUCUGCAAAACUUGGAACAUUCUGUUGGAAAGGUCAGAUUUGUCCUUGUGGUGCUACAAUUUCACCAUGUUUUAAAUUUGUUGAAAGCAAGAUAGACAGAGAACUGGAAAAUCUUCCUGCGGUCAUUAAUGAGCUUAAUGUUGUAAAAAUUACUUGAUGUAUCAUGUUUCACCUUUAUUAUUAUUAUUAUUAUUAUUUAUGUGUUUGUGCUUAAAAUAAAGUUUUUAACAUGAUUUUAAACUGGUGUGUAAAAUCUAUAUGA